AUGGCUGAUGUGCCAAGAACAAACACGUUUGCAAAUCUCUCCAUUCGAUCAAAAGCGCGAAUGCAAAACCCUUCUUUCCUGCAGGACUUAAUUUGGAUUCUCAAAUCAGUCCCUAAUAAAAGGUCGACGAAAGGGUUUUUGCAAAAAUACGCUCCUCUUGGGUUGAACAAUGCCUCUUCCAAUCUAAUAGAAAACAAGUUAUCAUAUGGGCUUCAAAAACGUAUAGCAAUUGCAAAGAUUGCUGAUGUAGACUCGCUCGACGAUGAGACUCUGUAUGGCAUUGGUAGAAGUAUUUACGGACUCAUCCGCCUUGGAAUAAAUACUUUAGUUGUUCCUACUGGGACUGAUUUAGGAAUAACAGCGAAGUUCAAAAUGCCAGCAGAAAAGCAGUCGAGGUGGACCAUGCUCAGCUCCCUUUAUUCUCAACAGAACCGAAUUAUGCGUGUCUCUGAUAUUUUUACCAAGGCUGGAGUAUUAACAAAGCCAUGGUAUUCUUCUAUUUGCCAAUUGGGUCCCAAUGGUGCCUACCUAGAAGACACCAAUUCCGUCUUUCGCACGUUAGCGUCUAAUUAUACACCAAUUAUUCCAAGUUUGGCGUUUAUGCCAAAUUUGAAAGAGAUUAGUAUAGAUGGAGACGAAGUUAUUUACGGCUUAACGAAAAGUUUGCAUAAGCCAGAGGAUGAUUACAAUGUUGAUAGAUUAAUUAUUCUUGAUAAAGUUGGCGGUAUGCCGUGUGCUAAACGGCGUCAAGGAUCGAGCCAUGUGUUGAUUAACUUAGCUCAAGAAUACGAAGAAUUGAGAAAAACAUUGCCGAAACAUCACAUAAAAAAUCUAUUUUUGGCUCAGCGGUGCCUAAAGAUGUUAUCCAAAGAGGCCUCUGCUAUUGUCACUACUCCAAAUGAAGCGAUGCUGACAAAUUCUUCGAUGGACAGGAACCCGUUAAUCCAUAAUAUUCUAACAGAAAGAUCAAUUUUUUCCUGCUCUCUACCUCGUGAUCGAUCGCCUAUUACGAAGACUACUUUACUUCGAGCGGGUGUUCCUGUAUAUAUAUGUAUGGGAACUGAAUGUAUUACUGAUGGAUCUGUUUCUUGGGAAAGAUUGUGGAUGCUAAUCAACGACUCUUUUAAUCGCACAUUGGAUAUGGAAGCUUACUUGAAGCGUUUAAAAAAUUCUCUUGCUGCAGUUAUUGUUGCUGGAGAUUACGCCGGUACGGCCAUUGUUACAUACGAGAAAGUUAAUGAUGGAAAAGCAAAAGUGCCUUACCUUGAUAAGUUGGCUGUGUCAAAAAAUGCGCAAGGCUCUGCUGCAAUAUCCGAUGUGCUUUUCAAUGCAAUGAUAGAGUUAUUUCCUAAAGAAUUGAUUUGGAGGUCUAGAUUGGACAAUCCCGUUAACAAAUGGUACUUUGAAAGAAGUGUUGGCUCUUUGAAAUCACCAAAAACACCUUGGAGAUUAUUCUGGACUGGGGAUAUUCAAGUUAAAAACCUUGACCAUAUUGAACACUAUCUCAAUGUUAUAGAUCGGAUCCAGCCCACUUGGUUAAACGAUUAA